CUAAACACUUAUUAAGCAAGCUUUAUCCCAGGUAAACACAUUGGUGACAACAUUCUCUUGGCUACUAAAUUGAUUAAAGGUUACACUCAUAAAUUCAUCACCCCUAGAUUGGGGAAGUUCUUAUUGGAUAAAAAAAUUUAAAAAAAAAAAAAAAAAAACGUGUAAAUUGUUGGGGUGGCUGUUUUUUUUUUUUCUAUUCUUUUUUUUUUUAUCCAAUAAAUAAUUGACACGUGCAAUGUGGGGCCCACUAACGGUUUUUUGGAUGGAAAACGUUAAUGGGUAGUGCUAUCCAAACUUUUUCAAACUUGCGGGUAGUUGUAAACAAAUAAAAAAAAAUGGGUAAUUGUUCACAAAUGAUUCUAUCUUACGGGUAGUUCUAGACAAAAUUCCCAUAGAAUUAUGUAGUUUUAAAAUAAAGGUAUUUUAGUCAUUUUAUUAGAGUUGCUUAAAUUAGUCGAUUCAACUCCUGCCCUUCAAUUUCUCGAAAAAAAAAACACUCCUACGCUUCAACUCCAUUGAGGUGUACUCUGUAAUCUGUAUUCCUCCAUUAAAGCAUCUUCUAACCUUCUCUCUCCUCCAUUGAAACAGAUUUACAAUGUCAGAGAGCAUGGAUGAGAUCAAAAUUAUUGGAAAUAAUCAUCCUGAAGAUGUCAAAUGGCUUUGUUCACUAUCUUAGUCGAAACUUGACAUGCUUAUCAGCCUAAAGAAGCUUGCCCUUCAACGAGCUCAAGCCGUAGGGCAUGAAAGUCUAGCCCAGAAAUUUGAUCUGAAAAUGCUCCGAGCGCUUGGAUUUAUAUUGAUGCAACACAUCAGAGGAGAAGUAAAUGAAUUGCAAUUGACAGGAUUAACUGGGUUGGCAGAUCUGGUAAAUGGAUGUAAUCUAUUGAAAUUGAAUAGAGUAAAGACGGGAGAGCAAGCAAACACAGGAGAACAAUCAGACACUGGAAGUCAAGCAAAUGCAAAGACUGGAGGUCAAGCAAAGGCAAGGUAAGGUGGGACCUAAGUUAAAAAGAAUGAAAACUGAUAUGAGAACUCUGUAGACCAAGACUAACACAAAGAUAGAAGAGGUUUUUGGUAAAUCUCUAUUGUUGGAUGAUUUGAUCUGUGAACUUGUACAUUAAGCUUUGCUACUUGCUAUAAUUAUUUCUUCACAUUAUUUCAUGCUCAAGUAGUUGCUAACAUAGAUGUAUUUGUAAUUGUUAAGACUUAGGGUACCUUUUACUUCUUGCAACCUACAUUUUCCCGGUGUGCCUUAUGUGAAAGGUAGGCUCUGGUUGUGGGAAGCAUAGCUGCAGUCUUUUGUUAGAAUGUGUUUAUCGGUAAUAUUUCCAUGUGGUUUGGAGACCAAUAAUGCCUUGCUAUGUGAAAUGUGGUUAGCUCCGGUUGUUGAAGGAUCAUUGUAUCGAUCAUUUUAGAAUGUUUUUGUUGGUAAUUUUUCCUUGGGGCCUGUUCACAUCCUUGUGAAGUUUUUAGUGUUAGGAUACUUUAUUAUUUAUCUUGGAUGUGGAUUAUGAUGUUACAUGUUUCUCCCUCGUGGUUAAUGGCUCAAUGUCAUGUCAGUCCUUUGUCUCUGGCAAAAUUAGAAUGGAAUGGAUAGCAAAAUUUACAAAAAGAUUCACUUUUCAUUCUAUACAAGGGAUCAUUUUUUUUAUUCUGCUAUCAUUGUUGUUAUGCUUACCUUGCCAAUUAUGAUGUCAGUGGUAUAAUAAUGGGAGCCUGAUGAAGUAUUUAAGAAAUGUUCAUUGUUGGUGUUUAGUUUCUAUAUUCUAGGUCCAAAUCAUAAUAAGGCCUUGAAGUUGCAGUAGUAGUAGCCGUUGGGGUAGUGGGGAACUGCAUUUCAUUAAUUAAUACACUUGAGGUGGUAAAUCUACAUUGAGGAAAAAAUUGAAGGAUUCUAGAAGGGUGAUCAAGGUCAUGAUUGUCCUGUUUUCUUUUCAGUCACAAGGUUGUUAUUGGUGAGGGAUAAUCAUCUUGAGAUAGAGGUGCAUAUUCAUGUUAAUAGGAUAUCUUCUUUUAACUUGUUAGCUCAUAAAAAAACGUGAAACGCUAAACAUCGCCCGCAAUUUACCAUAUAAAGCCCACAAAUAUGAUAUGGUUUGACCAUUAUGCCCUUU